AGCAGUUGUCACAGUAUCCUCUGAGUCUGAGAAUUGAGAGCUUCAUCAUCGGCAGACAUGAGGAACGUUUACGCUUUUGCCCUGCUGCUCGUCGCAGUUGCUGCAAGCACCGCCUUCGGUGCCAGCGUGUCAAGUCACCCUGGACGGCUUAUCUGUCGCAACAAGGCCAACGGAAUCAGGGCUCUGGUCCCCGGAAGCUGCUCCAGAUUUUACGAAUGCCAUAAUGGCGUGGCCACGGAAUACGCUUGCCCCAAGUUCUACGAUUUCAAGACCCGAAGCUGUGUCUCGUACAACCCCGGUUGCACGGAGGGUGCAGUCGUCGCAGUGGCGGAGCCUGAAGCCAAAAAAAUAGUCCGAGAUACGGCUACCCCGUGCAAGGAUUCUACCACGACUCCCCCACCCUGCACCGAUAUCACAACAACGACACCAGCCUGUGAUAAGGUCACGACAACGACAACAACUUGCGGCCCAAUUGCCACUACAACUACCACAACGACAACCACAACUUCCACACUGAAACCAACAACCACUACAACUACCACAACUUGCGCCCCAACUACCACUACAACAACGACAACCACAACAUCUGCAACAACGACAACCCCAGCAACGAUUACCACAACAACGACAACCACCACAACUACAACUACAACAACCACAACAACCACAACAACUACAACUACAACAACGACAACCACAACAACUUGCGCCCCAACUACCACUACAACUACAACAACGACAACCACUACACCUACAACUACAACAACCACAACAACUUGCGCCCCAACUACAACUACAACAACGACAACCACUACCACAACAACGACAACCACUACCACUACAACCACAACAACGACAACCACAACAACUACAACAACGACAACCACAACAACGUGCGCCCCAACUACCACUACAACUACAACAACGACAACGACAACCACUACACCUACAACUACAACAACCACAACAACUUGCGCCCCAACUACAACUACAACAACGACAACCACUACCACAACAACGACAACCACUACCACUACAACCACAACAACGACAACCACAACAACUACAACAACGACAACCACAACAACGUGCGCCCCAACUACCACUACAACUACAACAACGACAACGACAACCACUACACCUACAACUACAACAACCACAACAACUUGCGCCCCAACUACAACUACAACAACGACAACCACUACCACAACAACGACAACCACUACCACUACAACCACAACAACGACAACCACAACAACUACAACAACGACAACCACAACAACGUGCGCCCCAACUACCACUACAACUACAACAACGACAACGACAACCACUACACCUACGACUACAACAACCACAACAACUUGCGCCCCAACUACCACAACAACGACAACUACAACAACUACAACUACGACAACCACAACCACAACAACGACAACCACAACAACUUGCGCCCCAACUACCACUACAACUACAACAACGACAACCACAACAACUACAACUACAACUACAACAACGACAACCACAACCACAACUUGCGCCCCAACUACCACAACAACGACCACCACUACCACUACAACCACAACAACGACAACCACAACAACUUGCGCCCCAACUACCACAACAACGACAACCACAACAACUUCCGCCCCAACUACCACUACAACUACAACAACGACAACCACAACAACGACAACAACAACAACUACAACAACGACAACCACAACAACUUGCGCCCCAACUACCACAACAACUACAACAACGACAACCACAACAACGACAACCACAACAACUUGCGCCCCAAUCACCACUACAACAACGACAACCACUACAACUACAACUACAACAACGACCACCACAACAACUUGCGCCCCCACUACCACAACAACUACAACUACAACAACGACCACCACAACAACUUGUGCGCCAACUACCACUACAACGACAACUACAACUACAACAACCACAACAACUUGCGCUCCAACUACCACUACAACGACAACCACAACAACAACAACCACCACAACAACAACAACCACCACAACAACAACAACCACCACAACAACUUGCGCCCCAACUACCACUACAACGACAACUACAACUACAACAACCACAACAACAUGCGCCCCAACUACCACCACAACAACUACAACAACGACGACCACAACAACUUGCGCCCCAACUACCACAACAACUACAACAACGACAACCACAACAACUUGCGCCCCAAUCACCACUACAACAACGACAACCACUACAACUACAACUACAACAACGACAACCACAACAACUUGCGCCCCCACUACCACAACAACUACAACUACAACAACGACCACCACAACAACUUGUGCGCCAACUACCACUACAACGACAACUACAACUACAACAACCACAACAACUUGCGCUCCAACUACCACUACAACGACAACCACAACAACAACAACCACCACAACAACUUGCGCCCCAACUACCACUACAACGACAACUACAACUACAACAACCACAACAACAUGCGCCCCAACUACCACCACAACAACUACAACAACGACGACCACAACAACUUGCGCCCCAACUACCACCACAACAACGACAACAACUUGCGCCCCGAAACCAACUACGACAACCACGACAACUACCUGCACUCCUGAAACGACGACUACGACAACGGCUUGCUCUCCAGCAGACGUCACCUCCACAACAACCACUACUUGUGCGCCAAAAGUUACUACAACAACCACCUGCCCUGAUGCCGUCCCGACAACGACUUGCGCCUCGUCUGCGGCCUCGAAGUCGAAGGCAAUGGCAGCUACCCAGUCGAACCGUAACCCCGUCCGCAGAAAUCCUCUGAGCAAGCUCCUGUGGGAAGUGGCUCAUUUGGCAGGAUUCUCGUCCACUGGAUCCGGAACUGGCUUGCAAGUAUCCUGCGCCGGCAAGCCCGACGGAUUCCUGAUGGCCUCCCCAAAAAGCUGCAGUGAGUAUUACAUCUGUCGGCACCAACGUGCCCUGAAGGUGAGCUGCGGCGACAAGUACUUCAAUGGAGCCAAGGGCAUGUGCGAUCUUCCCGAGAACACAAGCUGCAUCCAAUCUUAAAGCAAAUCAACCAUUGAUGGAUCAUGAAUAACUAAGUGAAACACUUCAAAGUUUUAGAAUGCAUAUAAGUAAUAAAAGGGCAAAGGCUUAUAAGAGCUAAUGAAAAAAACUGUCUUAUUUAUUU